UUUUGUUUCAUGUUUCAAUUUAAAAAAUAACACACAAAAUCAGUUUUCUGAUCUUUGACAGGAAAUGUUUUUACCAAAAGAAGGAAGGAAGCGUUUGCUCAGUGUUAAUGUCAGUGGCAUUACAAAACAGUAGUUUCUUUUUUUUCCUUUCAUUCUGAUCAGUUUGUAAAGCUGAGCUGCUUCUGCUAUUAACCCCACGCCCCCUUUUCCUCUCGCUGAAGCGUAUUCUUUCACAUCGAAGUCUUUGAAUUUACAUUUUCCAUAGGCUUUCCGAUGCUACAGCUGUUUUCAGAUAUAUUUGUUUACGAUGUAAUUAAUUUGUAAAAAGUGAUCUAAAUAAAGCCACUGUUUAAAAAAAGUUUGCCUUGUAUCUCAAUAUUGCGAAACCCACUUCACCACUGCCGUCUCUUGUCAGGAACCAUAGCUCAAAGAGGAAGUGCUGGUUUUGAUACCAAUCCGGACACUUUCUGUAAAACAGCACAAAAUUAAAACUAUCUGGGCUAAUUCUGCUUUACAGGACACAAAUACGACUGAAAAGUUUAGAGGUAGUUUUUCUGAAUAAGGAUGUUUUAUCAUAAAAUGGAAAUUGAUUCUUGUGGUAUAUCAACAUUUACUUUUAAAUCGGGUAUAAAUGGUGUGGGGAAACUGCAAUUAAAUAAAAGGUAAAAAGUGCUAAAAUGCUACAUGCAAUUUAAAUAGAGGCAGGUAAAACAUUACUAGCUUGAAUAAGUUGCAAAAAAGUACCAUAGGAGAACUGAUCAUUUAAAAAAUAAACCGUAUACUGUAUCUUGAUUUAAUUUAAAAGCGGAUGUUUCAGUUUGGCUCAGGAUGAAAAAAACCUCACUUUAUGUUGGUCAUUAAGAUUAAGGAAAACAAACAUUUUUUUAAACAAUUGGUGUGACGACAGUAAAAUAAAUUCAUUUAAUCUCCAAGCUGAAGACUAAUAAAAGAAACUGCUUUAAGAUGUGGAAGGUGUGAUUAAAAGCUGUUCCUGUUGCUGCAGGUUAGAAAAAUGUGUGUUUGGAUCUGCUCCUGCACUUGAGCUAAUUCACCUUUUGUCAUGCUCAGUCCUGAACUACCACACUAAUGAAGCAGUCGUGAUGGAUUUCACGAGGUCACGUUUUCAUUUAUUAUAGUGCAUUUAAACAGGUUAAGAGCUCUUAAACACAGACCCUAAUGAUGAAAGGAUGAAAUUACCAAUUCAAUUUGCACAGAGUAAAAUGAUGCUCAGAGCCGUGGCUGCUUGCAGGUAAUUAGGUCAUACGCAGAGGUGAAGGAAUAAGCGUUAUAUAAUUGGCUUGUUAUGAUGCAUGAAUGUCUGUUCCAAUGUACUUAUGACCACUAAUCAGGCUUAGUGGAGCUGGGUCAUCACUCCUUUUUGUUAGUGUGUACACAGAGUGGGUCUAGACCAAGAAGCACGUUUAUUUAGUUUGACUGAACAACUUUUCUUUAGAUUCUAUAGUCACAGCUGGACAAUAUUUUAAAUGGGAUUAAGAGCUUCACUGUUCAUCAUAAUAACAAAGGAUAAUGCCGAGCUUGACCCCUCACAUACCGGUCCCCCGGCCCUCUUACUCCCAGGCCAGGGAGAACCUGGUGAGAGCAAUCCCCCCCAAACUCCUCUGUCUGCUGGUGUGCGGAGGAAAAGACUGUCGCUAUGAGGGACCAGAGUGCUGGAAAUCAAACCAACAAGUCGUUCGAGGCAUUUUCUCCUCCUGGGUGACCGAUGAUAUAAUUGCAAUGGCUCGGCCUUCUAAUCAACUAAUUAAGAAGUAUGACAUCAUUGAACAGUUUCAAAGGUUAAAGAUCAGAUCAAUCAUCAACAUGCAGCUUCCGGGCGAGCACGCUCACUGUGGACCUCCUCUGGACCCUGAGAGUGGUUUCACUUACUCCCCACAGAUCUUCAUGGACAAUGACAUUUACUUUUACAACUUCGGGAUGCCAGACUUCGGAGUGUCGCCUCUUGUUGGGAUCAUUGAUGGAGUGAAGGUUUUGGACUUUGCGGUGCAGGAAGGACGAGUUGCUGUGCACUGCCACGCAGGCCUGGGACGGACAGGUGUCCUGAUAGCCUGCUACCUGAUCUACAGCCUGCGCAUCAGCCCCAGCGAGGCCGUCCACUACGUGCGCAUUAAACGUCCUCGUUCUAUCCAAACGCGGGCGCAGAUAAACCAGGUGUUUGACUUUGCUCGCCUGCUCGGCGCGCAGCUGGUUCAGUACCCAGACCUCAGCCUGCGGCACGGAGCUCCUUUCACCCUCCAGCACUAUCUGAACCGACAAGCGCUGCUGCUGCAUGGCCUGGAGGCGUGCAAACUCAGACACACACCCAAGGUCGUGUACCUGCUGUGUGUGCGCCUCUCCUGUUUGGCUCUGGGGCUGGCUUCUCCUCCAGAGGUCCAUGCUGAGUUGGAGAGGAGGUCAGCUCUGAGGACUCUGGGCAGAACUGUGAGAGAGACCCUCGUGUCCAAACAGUAUUUACCCUUGCUGAACGAAGGCCGCAAAGGCUCAGGGUCUGUGUCCUCCUGGGAUGAGCCUUUGGGAUUCUUGGAGAGGAAACAGGAGAUGCUGCUGGACAAACGCAGCUAUAGUGAAUCUGACCUCAGCAGGCUCGCAGUAAAUGAGGACCAAGAAGUGAGCUCCUACUGCGCAGCUGCACUUGGAAAUGAGAAGCACUGGUGUGUGCACGAUCUAGUACGAGCUGAUCUAAGACCAGUUAGUCCAGUCCUCAGUACUGUUUUGUUAGCUCAUCUGACUAACAAAAAGGAAUACCAUACAUUCAAAACCCCAGUGUCUGACAUAAGAACAAGCAGUUGCAUAAAGAGGACAAAAGGUUUUGACAAAAAGGAACUUCCUAAAUAUAGCUCCAGCCUGGAGUUGCACAGAAAUCCACACAAUUCUGGUUCAACCUCAAUGGCCCGUCUUGUUGCCAAAGCUCUGGCAGAACGAGGUCCUCCAGGAGAAACCUCUCUGCAGAGGUCCGCUCUGCUGCAGGAGGAGCUGAACAGCAGUGACUGCGGCUGGUCGCUGCUGGUCACCGAGUCGGAUCCUCAAGUCCUCUCGUGUCUCUUGUGGACCUGGCUGGAAAAGUUAAAGGAACCUGUUCUGAGCAGCGACGAUGUAGAAAGGCUGAAUCUUAAAGGAAGCGACAAGAAGCCUCUCAGUGGGCUAAAAAAGUCACAGAGACACACUGUCUUCUGUCUGCUGAGUUGUGUGAGUACAGUCACCAGCCUGUGUCCACACAGAGAGGACGCCGUGCUCCAGCGGCUCAUGUGUGCCCUUACUAAGCGCCCCCUACAGGAAUCAGGAAGCCCUGCACCUUUGAUGAAAGUCCUGAAGGCAUGUUUGAGAGAAACAUUUAACAACAGAUACUUCACAAGGGCCUGCAGCUUGAACCCUACACCGUGAAGAGCUGAAACUGCAUUUCAUCUGAGCGUCUGAGAGUGGGCAGCGCUUCUCCGGGAACAUUUUGGGAUUUCAGAUUCUAAAAAGCAUGUGUAGAAAAGGUGAAUAAAAAUAAGUCUGAAUUCCACUUAUUUUGCUUCAGUUUCUUCUGGACAGUGUCACAAAUUAAAGGGAAACAUUCAAA